AUGCGCAAGGCGAAAGUUUUCAGCCACGAGACCGUCAUGCCACGCAUGUCGUGGUCGGCGCGCAACCUGUACAACAUGAUCGCUCGCUCCACCGUCCCCUUCCACGCCUCGCAGACUUCGUUCACCAAGACCUCGCUCACCAUGUACCAGCAGCGAUGGCGCUCCAAGCGCUUCCUCCGCGCAUAUCACGGCGACUGGAUCCCAGAAAAGCGCUUCAAGCGCUGGUUCCUCCCCACCGAGCUCCCCAGCUUCGUCCCGCCCCAGGUCUCCGCCGCAACCGCCUCGGGCGUCUCGUCCGGCUCGUCCACCUCUGGUCCUCGACGCGGCGGUCUUUUUGAUAAGGCGCUCCAGGCACGCAGGGCACCUGCUGCCCCCGCAGCUGGCGCACCGUCCGCGUCCGGCUCCGGCUCGUCCUACGCCACCGUCACACAGCAAAAGGCGCUCGAAGAGAUGGACGCCAUGCCUACCGCUUCGCUCUUCAUGCGCGACAUUGAGCGCCGACUCGACGUCGUCGUCUUCCGCUCGUGCUUCGCUCGCUCCGCCUACGAGUCCAGGGCCAUGGUCGUGCAGGGCAAGGUCAAGAUCAACGGCACCAAGUGCUCCAACCCCAACCAGCUGCUGCAGCCUGGCGACCUUAUCAGCGUCGAGCCUUCUGCCGUGCCCAUGCUCAGCGAGGAGCUCGCAAAGAAGGCAAAGCAGCAGAGGAUCAACGACGCCGUCUCGGGCGAGGCCGACGCAACCGAGGCUGCCCAGGCGAGCGAGGCCGCCGAAGCCAGUGCAGAGUCUGCGCCAGCUUCCGAGGCCAAGGAGGGCGAGGCAGCUGCUGAGUCUGCUGAUGCCUCCACACAAGCGUCGGCCGAGGCCGAGGCAUCGUCCGAGAACGCUGGUGACAAGGCCGACGCUUCUGCCGCUCGCGCGGACAAGGGCAAGGGCAAGGAGAAGGAAAAGAUGCUUCCGCCCGGAGUGCGACCUUUCACGCUGCCGGACUAUGCUGCGCCGUUCCUGUUCGUGCCACCCUACCUCGAGGUGUCCUUUGCCACAUGUUCGACGAUCUAUGUUCGACACCCGACCAUUGUUCCAUACAAGACGGUGGGUGCGGAUGGAAAGCAGCGUUGGACGUUCCGUACCGAUCUGCCUUCGCCCUACCCGGCGGGCGGCGAGCUCUACUCGAUGGCCUGGGAACACUAUACGCGCAAUGCGCCGCGCACGCGUGCCGAUGCGCGACGCACCAAGCUCGAGGCGCGCGUGGGCCGUAACGGCUUCGAGUCGCAGCGCGCAAAGGACCAGAACUCCAAGCGAUCCGCUCUGCGCAGGGGCUGGGGAAGGACAAAGCCCGUUUCGGGUUGGAGAAGGCAUCUUGCAGCUGCUCAGGCCAGACAAGAAUCGCACACCCAGUCAGCGGCUCGUGUCGUCGCUUAG